GAGCCCCGACCCAGCAUGGAUACCGUGGACGCCACUGUGGAGAAGCUCCGGGCACAGUGCCUAUCCCGAGGGGUCUCAGGCAUCCAAGGCCUGGCCAGGUUUUUCCGCCGCCUGGACCGGGAUGGGAGCCGAUCCCUGGAUGCGGGGGAGCUCCGGCGGGGCUUGGCUGAGCUGGGGCUGGCGUUGGACAAGGCUGAGGUAGAAGCCGUGUGCAGGCACUGGGACCGUGAUGGCAGUGGGACACUGGACCUGGAGGAAUUCCUGCGGGCACUGCGGCCCCCCAUGUCCCAGGCCCGCGAGGCGGUCAUUGCAGCUGCAUUCACCAAGCUGGACUGCAGCGGGGACGGUGUGGUGACUGUGGAUGACCUCCGUGGGGUGUACAGUGGCCGUGCCCACCCCAAGGUGCGCAGCGGGGAGUGGACUGAGGAGGAGGUGCUCCGCCGCUUCCUGGACAACUUUGACUCCUCUGAGAAGGAUGGGGAGGUCACACUGGCAGAAUUCCAGGACUACUACAGUGGCGUGAGUGCUUCUGUGGACACAGAUGAGGAGUUCGUGGCCAUGAUGACCAGUGCCUGGCAGCUCUGA